AUGGCACAAAAGAGGAUUAAAAAGGAGUUGCAAGAUUUAGGAAAAGAUCCACCAACAAACUGUUCUGCAGGGCCAGUUGGAGAUGACUUGUUCCAGUGGCAGGCAACCAUACUAGGGCCAAAUGACAGCCCAUAUGCUCAGGGUGUGUUCUUUUUAACGAUAAACUUCCCUACAGACUACCCAUUCAAGCCACCAAAGGUUGCCUUCACAACGAGAAUCUACCACCCAAAUAUAAACAGCAAUGGCAGCAUCUGUUUGGAUAUAUUGAGGUCACAAUGGUCACCUGCUCUGACCAUUUCAAAAGUGCUCCUGUCCAUUUGUUCCCUGCUCACAGACCCCAACCCUGAUGAUCCUUUAGUACCGGAGAUUGCUCGUAUCUACAAGACCGAUCGUGAGAAGUACAACAAAAUGGCCAGAGAAUGGACACAGAAGUAUGCCCAGUGA